AUGUCGUUUUUUUAUGAGGGUAAAUCCCCAAUGGAUGAUAUUCCGACACCAGCAAUGGUGAAACACAAUCAAGCACAAACAAGUAUUCGGAGAUAUAUCACUCAUGAAAACCUACAACGAAAAAGGAGGAAAAAGAAGAAAGAUUCAUAUUUACAUCGAAAUAUCGGAACUCAACGAUGGAAUUUUAUUCGAACAGACUCGGAUCAAGUAAUGGUUGGUGAUCGUACGGGAAACAUAAAAGAGGAAAUUCAGCAGCAUUCAAUCUUGAAUUCUUACAAGGAGGGAGAUGAAGAUGAAAGUUGUUCAAAAUCUUUAAAAAAAUCAUUCAGAAAAAAGAAAAAUCCCAAGUCCAUCAGCCAACUCAAACAAGAACGAAUUCAGAAAAAUGAAUUAAUGUACAAGGAAAUUGAGAGCUCUAUACGAGAUCAGCUCAAAGAGGAGGAUCUUGACAGUGUUGUUUCAAUACUGAGGGAUCGAAGGUUUUCAAAUGACGACACAAACAUUCAAGACAAGCAGAGAGGAGUUGUUCCAACAGAACAUCAUCAAGAUGAGAACGUUUCGGAUUUGAAACGACCCAAACAGAGAAAGUUUAUGAAAGAUUCAUCCAUCCAUACAGCAAACUCUGAAAAACAACCUACUAGUACUAUACCGUCGUUGCCAAAAUUGAAUCCAAGUAAGGUGCCCGACAAAAAAAUCACAUCAGCCAAAGAUAAGAGAACUUCUCCAACGGACACCAGUUUCGAGGAUGAAUCGGAUGAUCCUCUCCGUGACUUGUUCAGUCGUGACGCAGAUUUUGUCACAGAUGACAUGAUUCCGUCGUAUCAAACCAUUCAUCCCUUAGAGUUGGAAAUGAAAGAGACUAUCGACUUUCCGUCGGAUCUGCUGGAAGACUUUGAAGAGUUAUACAUUGAAGACACGGAUUACAUUGACUACAAAAAACGACUCACAUCGCCAGAAGGCUACGAUUCAGAUUCAGAUCAAGAAAAGGCAGUGACAGAGGAUCUAGACGAAAAGGAAAAAUUUCGUCAAAAGGCCAUCAAUUUUUCCCACAUGUGGUUUCUUCCACCUUCACAAUGGUCAUCCACAUUCAUUGAUGAAAAAAAGAAGAAAAAAGACAAACAAUUCCACUCUGAUCAAGUGCUUAAUCAGCAAUUACAAGAUCUUUCCAGUUCAAAACUUUUCAAAUCCUUCCUCAUGAAGUCGAAUACAUCUGUGCCGAAUUGGUUGAAAAAUGUGAAUGACUCUAAAAAUCAGUCCUCCCAACUCUUGACAGCUCAUGAAAAGAGUACUUCAGUAAUACCUGCAAUUAUUAAGAGUCUUCACAAUGACAGCAGUAGUGUUGUAUUGUAG